CAUUUUAAUAAAUCUUAGGGGAGGUGAGCGCAGUUUCCUCUAUAAUAAAGACCUUAUAAAACCGCAAAAUCCAAGACCAACUUGUUGCAAAUCGUACAAAAAGUGCAUUUCGACAAAAACCCUAACUCUUCGUCGUUGUUGCUUUCUUCUUCAUCGCUAUCGCUUUUCGUCGCUUUUCGAAAUGGAUGAUUCUCCAGUAAGAAGGCUUUCAAGGUCCCCUUCCCCAUGGAGGGCUCAGUCAAGAUCCAGGUCUCGGUCCAGGUCUCAGUCAGGAUCCCUUGACAGGCACAGGCCCAGGUCUCUGUCAAGGUCGCCUGAAAUGCAAAGGCCUAGGUCGAGGUCGAGGUCUCCUGAAAUGCAAAGGCCUAGGUCUCUGUCAAGGUCUCCUGAAAUGCAAAGGCCUAGGUCACGGUCAAGAUCCCUUGAAAAGCAAAGGCCUCCGUCUCAGUCAAUGUCUCGUGAAAUGCAAAGGCCUAGGUCUCGGUCCAGAUCUCUUGAGAGGCAAAGGCCUAGAUCCCCCUCGAGAAAUCGUGGCAGAUCAAGAUCAAGAAGUCCUGAUAGGAAUGGUGGGGACACUCUUUAUGUGACUGGUCUCUCUUCAAGGGUCACUGAGAGAGACCUAGAGGAGCAUUUCUCUAAGGAAGGGAAGGUUGCUUCAUGUUUUCUUGUGGUGGAGCCCCGUACGCGUAUAUCUCGAGGUUUUGCUUUUGUCACUAUGGAUACUGCUGAGGAUGCAAACCGCUGUAUCAAGUACCUCAAUCAAUCCAUUUUAGAGGGCCGCUAUAUCACUGUUGAGCGGUCAAAGAGAAAGCGGCCAAGAACUCCCACACCUGGGCACUAUCUUGGGCUGAAAAAUACUAGAGACUAUGGACCUCGUGGUGGUGACCGUGGAAGGCAUCAGGGUGGAUUUGGUCGUGAUGAUUAUCCAUAUCAUAGGUCUCCAAGGCGUUCUCCGUAUCGUGGUAGCAGGGAUUAUUCCCCAAGACACUCUCCUUAUGGUGGAAGUGGAAGGUAUAGGAGGGAUAGGUCUAGGUCACCUCCUUAUGCUCCAUAUGGUAGCCCAGAUAGGAGGUAUGCUCGUGGGCCUAGGUGAUAUUUUACAUUAGUUUGUUUAGAUAUUUUAAGUUUGAAGAAGGAAAGCAAAAACUGUGUAAUUGCUAUGGUACUUUGACUGUUAGAUUGUGCCUAUAGGUGAUGUAUGCCCGUUUUGGAGGUAAUUUGCACUCUGCAAGUAUUGAUGUAUCUUCAAGUACUUUGACUGUUAGAUUGUGCCUGUAUCGUUUGUUGAUGACAUUGGAGUUAUAUUAUUAUUUCCAAGUAGUGGAACUUUAGUUUUUAA